AUGGCCUUCGUCAGGGAGUACAUCUGUCGACAUGGAGAGAAAGUCUACAUUGAGGACCUGGCGCGGAGCGUGGAGCAGAGCAGACGGCUCAUCAUCGUGUUGACUCCUGAGUUUGUGGCCAAGCGUGGCUGGAGCAUCUUCCAGCUGGAGACUCGGCUCCACAGCAUGCUGGUGACCGGGGAGAUCAAGGUGAUUAUGAUCGAGUGUGCCAACCUCAAGAGCGUCAUCAACUACCAGGAAGUGGAGGCCCUGAAGCACACCAUCAAAGUGCUCUCCAUCAUCAAGUGGAGGGGCCCCAAGAGCAAUGAGCUAAAGUCUAUGUUCUGGAAGCAGGUGAUAUACGAGAUGCCGGUGAAGAGGAAAGAGAUGCUGUCUCGCCGGCAGGUGCUAGACUCCAGGGAGCAGGGUCUGUUCGGCGACCUGCAGACGGUUUCCACCAUCGCCAUGACGACCACAUCUGCCUCGAUGGUGCCCGCCCACCACGCCGAGAUUCCAGACUUUAACCAAACCAGCCACCCUCAGAUGAGACACUACUGCACCCGUAGCUACGAGUAUAAGAUGCCCGCCUCCCCCGUGCAGAUAGCCACCUUGAGUAACCGUCACAUAUACUGCAAUAUCCCCAUGACGCUGCUCAACGGACAGGUGACUCAGAACAACACGAUGGGAAAGAGCAAGCAGGAGAUCCACUUGAACAGCACUUUCGUCCCUCUAUCUGGGGGGGAACACACAAGUGAUAUCUGGUAAACAGAUAUCCAGCUUGAUGCCACAUCUCUUAUGUCKUUGUCUUUUAUCUGCAUGAAGAUUCAUUUAGACAAAACACUGAUCAAAAACCAUUCUGCACACAAUCAUUUCUCGCUGACUAUUUUCAUUAGCGGUUAAAUGUUUUCUGGGUUUUUCUUUUUUCGUUCAGUCUUUAAAGAAAUCAAGGACAAAAGGAGUUGCUCCAGUCAUCAUUUUCUUACUUGAAAAAUGUCUCCUUUUCUGAGAUGAGUAAUAAAUGAAAAAACCUUGUUUUUAAUGUUCAAGGUAUUGUUAUUAUGUACAGUUUUCAUAUCUUCUAUAGACAUUCAUGAUGAUUCCUUUAAGAUUUUAAUGGUGUGAGUAUGUGAGUGAAUCCAAAUUUUAAGAUUCUGACCUGUGAUUUYUCAUGGGAAAGGAGAACGUUUCUCAUUGCAGCACAAUUCUGUAAAGAUGGACUGAACACAUUCUCUGUGAGCUUUAAAAAUGUUACAGUAUAUUUAAGCAAAUCAAUAAUGUUUGAAUUUACACAAGCUAUUGUCAUUGUUUGAGGCCAAUUAAAUAUGAAUAUUUGAAUUGUUUAAUGCAGUAUUUGUUUGAGUUGUAGUCUGUGACUAGUUGCUGUCUCUUGACUUCUGCCUGUUACUUUGCUUAUUUUAGUUGUACAAAACAAGAAGCCUUUUUCUCUGCUGAAUUCCUCCCCUGCUUCACCUGCCUUCCUUCCUCUGUCGGCCAUAUUGUUUUCAGAUGGCUAUUGAGUUGUCUUUUUGAGGAUGAGCGGCUCUCCAAAUGGUACAGAUGGACUCGGUGGUGCUUUUGGAACCGAUGGUAGUUUUGACUGAAUGUAUUGUAGAAAUUAAAGGGAACUGGAAUCACCUGAGAGAUAUUUGCAUUUGUAUCUAUUUUAUUUUAUUGAUUUCAUUUGCUAAAUGAGAAGAGAAUAGUCUUAUAGAAUCAUCCUCUUUUCAGUUGCUCUGCUAUUUCUAUCUUAGAAAAUUUAUCCUAUUUGUCUGCAAUGAUUUGUAAUAUAGCAGCCUCUAUCUGUCUCAUUGAGUUAUAGAGGAAUGAUCAGCCUCUAACCUGUCUCAUUGAGUUAUAGAGGAAUGAUCAGCCUCUAACCUGUCUCAUUGAGGUUAUAGAGGAAUGAUCACCUCUAACCUGUCUCAUUGA